AGAACAUUAUAUUCUCGCAGAAAUGAAAAUAGUAUUAGAGUAUCGAUUGCAAGGUAUUUUUUAUUAAAUAUUUAACCUUUGUCUGCGGUAAGUGUAGUUCUUAUCAAGUAUUUAGUAAUGUGCCAAAUAUUACAAAGAUCCGAUUAGCAACUCUGUCAAACUGUUCUCAAUGUAAACUCGCUGUAAAAUAAAUAAUCGAAAGGAAAGAAGAACAACUUUCAUUUUGUUUUUCUCGCUGAAACUGAAAGGCGGUGACUGAGUAGAGUAUUGUUUUUCAUCGGUUGCAUCGAAUAGUGCAAAACAAGCGGAAUCUUUCCAAUUACCAUUGCGUGCUUACUGUGGAAAAUCUAACGUGUCAAAAUAAAUGAAUGAAAAUAGUAAAUUGGAAGUUAGAAGAUUAAUUUUCUUUUAAUAAAGGAAGCGAAAAAGUAGAAGUUGAAAGUGAAAAGGAAAAGAAAGAAAUAGAUAGCUGAAGCGAAAUCUUGGAGAAAAGUAACGGAAGAAGAAGAAAUUGUGCGGUGUGCAUUUCUGUGUUGAACGCCGUGAAAGACGAAAGAAAAAGCAAGCCAGCUAGUACUAGAGAAAGGAGCAGACCAGCGUGUGCUUAAUAAAAAAGUAUUGAAAAAGAGAAAUUCCCAACGUAUCCAAAGCAAGCAACAAUAAUAAAAUAGAAGUAGCGGAAACGCUCUCGUGAGUUGAAUUACUGAUCGUGCAAUACACGGCGUGCAGAUCUGAUCGCAACUGUGCCCUGAACACAGUAUAUGCAAUAGUCCAGAGGAAAAGCCACCAACGUGAGAGCAAUUUGUUUUCGUAUAUUAUUAUUAUUUUGUAUUUGUUACGACUAUUGCGAAUUCUCUUCGCGCUCAAAAGUGAAAGACAAAUAAGAAAAAAAUAAUAAUAUUUAAACGCUGAAAAGAUCAACAACACUAUUUGCCGUAUAGCGUUAUUGUGAUCCACUAAAAACAACAACUACAUAUGUGUAACGCGAAUUAAAUUGAAAACGGUGGAGCAGCAGCAUCAGCGACAGUAACAACAAGAGACUAGCAACAGCAAAACCAACAAAAAACUUCCGAUACAGUAUAGUUUGCAUAGGUUUUGUGGAGCGCCCAUGAGUGUGUGAAGUUGUUUGUAUUGGAGUAAAAAGCACUGUGUGAUUUUGAAUAUUUCUUGUUGUCGCCUCUUGACCCAUAUUGGACUCUAUUUCGCAAAGCGGUUGCAGCUUUGGCAAAUAAAACAAUUAGAAUAUCAAUAAAUAGUAAAACGCUUUUCAUACGCACUUUUGGAAAGUUUCUCAACUAAAAUUCGCAUAUUAUUAUAACCCGACUGGACCAACGUCAAAGGGCGCUGUGUUGUACUAAACAAUUAUUUCGAUUUUCCUGACUGCGUUCGUAAAUAACAAAAAGCCGCUUUAAUGAUGUCGUCUGAUCAACAGUUUUUCCUAAAAUGGAACGAUUUCCAAACGAAUAUGGUGACCUCGUUCCGGCAUUUGAGGGACGAGAAAAGUUUUACAGAUGUAACACUUGCCUGCGAAGGACAAACUUGCAAAGCGCACAAAAUGGUUCUAUCAGCAUGUAGCCCGUAUUUCAAAGCACUUUUGGAGGAAAACCCUUCGAAACAUCCCAUCAUUAUUUUAAAAGAUGUCUCGUAUAUACAUCUGCAAGCUAUAUUAGAAUUUAUGUAUGCCGGCGAAGUAAAUGUCUCGCAAGAACAAUUGCCGGCCUUUUUGAAAACUGCUGAUCGCCUCAAAGUGAAAGGUCUGGCAGAAACUCCCAGUUCCAUAAAACGGGAAGGUUGAUGGUGGUAAAUAAUUAAAAAAUAAAUAAAAACAUACGACUAUAUAUAAUGCAACAAAUAAAUAAAAAACAAAAUACGCCUACAACUAAAAAUAAGGAAUGAUUAUAAUUUUAAAUGAACAUAAAUAAAAGCCGUUUAAAUUUUAUUUUAAAUGCGUAAAAUUAUUUGUAAUUAAUUGAUAAAUUUAGUAAAGUACUAAAAAUGCAAAAAAACAAAAAGAAACAGCUACCACAACAUACUAAAUAGUUGAACAAAAUAUUUAAUUGAAACUACAAAGCAUGUGAGUGCUAUACCCAAACGAUUACUUGUGUAUGCACUUAACUCGUUUAUUAUGCAGUUUACAUAUUACACUUAGCUCAACAAAAAAAUAUCCGAAUUAUUGCUUAAUGUUGCCUAAUAAACAAUAUAUUUCUUUGGCAAUAAUUAUUGCUUAAUUUUUUACUCUUUGUUAAACAUUUACAUAUACAUACAUACAUAUAUGCGUGCGUAAUUUUACUCAACUCAAUACUGUCUCACCACUGGCUUAUAUAUAAAUUAAAAAUUAUUAUUUUCACACAUUAAACUAAAAUAAAAAAUUAUAAAAAACUUAAUUGCCACUAGUUGGAGAGUAUAAAGAAUUUUGUAGUGUAUAAAUAAUAAUAUAAUUAAUGAAAAAGCAAAAAAAGAAAAAAAAAUACUAUAAACGAUACUACUGUAGAAUGCUAAAUAAAUUGGAUAAUUUGUAAAAAGGCGAAUGUAAGGGUUGAAAAUACUAAGAAUGGGAUUGUACCUCCUGUUUAGCACUAAGAUAUACUAAGCUACCCAUUUAGAGUUGCAAUUAUUCGUACAUUUAUACUACAUAUAUAUAUAUAUAAACAUGCAGACAAGAAGCGAGUGCUACAGCGUUCAUGGCAGCAAAAUAUAAUUUAUACAGUUUUAAAUAAUAAUAUUAUGUUUUUGGCAAUUUCACAACUUUGCUUUAAUUUAAUAAUCAACAAAGUGGUUAUAAAUUAUAUUUAUACAUACAAUAUAUGUAUAUAUAUUAUAUUUAAAUAUUUUUUCUUGAUUUUCAAUACGUCAACAUAAAAUACGCGCAAUUUUGUUGUAAAAGGUUUUUUGUUUUGUAAUAACUCGACCAGCUAAGCCCAAAACACUUUCGAUACGCGUAUAAGACUACUAACUGUCAAAUUAAAACAACAUACGCCAUUGUACAAUUUUUUUACGGAUUAAAAAAUUUUUGUUGUAAAAAAUGUGUAAUAAUCUUUUUUUAUCUCUCAUUAAAAAUGCAACUAAAAAGUUAUAGCAGUUAAUUAAAAAUAUUGUUGCUUUCAGCUAAUUAAAAUUUCAAAUUCACCACCACAUUGAAAGUGCUGUAAGGCUCGCUAUUCAACAUGAAUUGCUUCCAAAAUAAUUUAUUCUCAGAAAACAUUAAAAAACACCAUACACACAAUAUAAGUAAAUGGCCCCAAAGCUUUUGUAACAUAAUAGCUCAUUUAAUUUAAAUAAUAAUUGAUAAUUUUUGUGUUCAGCGA